AUGUAUGUCAAUGACCAAAUCCUUGGCCAAGGAGGCCCGGAAUUCAGGGCUGCUACUGUCCCUCUUGCGGAGCCCUUCCAAGGCCAAGAGUGGGAGUACAUUCCAGAUGGAAAUCCAGACUUUUCCUCAGAGGGCUUUAUAAACCAAGUCGCGUCCCCAAAUCGCGUGUCUCCUAGCGACAACCACGGCCACGACCACCGACACCGCGCUAUCGACAUGUAUGCGACCAAAUAA